AAACAGCUGAUGAGUUAAAGGGUUUACCGAUGACACCCGAUUUUACAGCCGACGCUCAAAGCCCCUCAACUUCAACACAAACUCAAAACAUUAUAAGUUGAUAAACAAAUUAAAUUAAAUCAAGUUACGUUGUUCUAUUUUAUUAUGAAUCAAUUCAUGCUAUGAUAAAAGUUUUUUUAUUCUUCUAAUCAUGAUAAUUACAAUGAAGAAUAAAGUAUUACAAUCAAGUGUUUGACAAAAUUCAAAAUGAAAAUUUCUCUCUUAUCUUUCUUGACUUUAAUCAUUCUUCAAGGUUUUCUUUCUCUAGUUUCUGGAUCCAGGGUUUUAGAACUCAGUGACAGAUUCUUGGAUAUACGGAAAGAUGGCAUGUGGCUGGUCAUGUUCUAUGCGCCGUGGUGCGCGCAUUGCAAGCGCCUGGAGCCGGUGUGGUCGCAUGUUGCGCAGGCGCUGCAUAACACCAACAUCCGGGUCGGCAGAGUCGACUGCACGCGAUUCACUAACAUCGCCACUGAAUUCAGCAUAUCAGCAUUCCCCACCAUCUUAUUCUUGAAAGGAGACACUAAUCAGUUUACAUUCCACGGCGACAGGACCAAAGAUGAGAUCAUCAAUUUUGCGGUGAGAGUGAGUGGCCCACCUGUUCAACCUGUCACGAGGCCAGAGAGUCUGGAGAAUUUGAAGGAAAACAAUCCGCUUUUCUUCGCUUAUGUUGGCAACUAUGACGGAGAGCUAUGGGAUAUCUACUCCCAAGUAGCAGAGCAGUUCCAGCCUCAUGGUUUCUUCUACGCUGUUCCUCCUGAAAUCGCUAGAAAGCAUUUCCAGAUCAUGGAAUUACCGGUAAUUCUUGUUUAUAAAGAGAGCUCAAUCUACUUCUUUGAUGCUGAAGAACAAGAGAACUCGAACUUGAAUUCUAGUCUGACAGAGUGGGUAAACAGUGAACGAUUUCACACAUUUGUCAAAGUCACAAGAGGAAACAUACGUCAGGUUCUAGAAACCAACAAAUUCCUUGUUCUUGCUGUAGUACAUGAGAACAAACUUCAAGAAGUUCCUGCAGAUAUGGUUGAAUUCCGAGAUAUGAUACAGUCUGUGAUAACUAGGAAUAGAGAUAAGUUUCACAGAUGGUUCCAGUUUGGUUGGAUAGGCAGUCCAGAGCUGGCGAAUUCGAUAGCGAUGACUGAGCUUCCUCUGCCUUACCUGCUGGUGCUCAACUCGACCACCAACCACCAUCACCUGCCUGACGACGAGCCACAUCGGCUCACUCCCGGCGCCGUGCAACUCUUCCUCGAGUCUGUGCGCAACCAGUCGGCUCCGUGUUAUGGCGGAAACACGUUGCCGAUCCGCAUGUACCGUGCCUACUUCGAAGCGCGCUCGUCUCUGAGCGAAAUGUGGAAGGGAAAUCCAGUUCUGACGUCGGUGUUGUUCGGACUUCCGCUCGGCUUUCCUCAGCCUCAUCUGCUACUCCAUCUGUUGCGCCGACAUCAUGGAUGCUGACGAUGAUGAAGAGGAAGAAGAAGAGACUCACGAGAAGAAAGAGUAAACAACCGUCAGUGGAAGUUGUAAAUAAUUAGUUCCAAUUUAUAUCAAGUGUAAAUAAUAGACAAUGUAGUUAGUUAUAACAGAAUUUUACAAUUUAGGAUAUAAUCACUUUUCAACUUUCUUCCUACUCUAUAACCUUCAAACAGUUACUAGCAUUUAUACGAUGAUCUCAUUUAUGAGCAUACGAUUCAUUGAGUAAUUUUUAUCUUUGAACAUUCUAAUUUUUAGAUAUUUAUUUAUGAACAAAAUAUGCUCUCUGCAGAAGUAAUAAAAUAAGGAUAAUGAAAAUUUUACAGUAAUUUCAUACUGUGAAAUGUUUAGUACGUGACUGACAAUAUGCCAAGUCCAAAGUAUGUUAUGACAAUGGCUGGAAUUAUUACUCCAUUGUAAAGGCUCCUCCAUACGUAGGGAUUGGUCUUCAGUCCGGCUAUCAGAACGGACUGAAAAAGCCUCUACGUGUGGGGAAGCCUUUACAUGCGCAAUAAUCAUUAAUUUUGUAAAGAAUUUGCUAGGUUGCAGCUUGUUGAUUUUAUAAUUUUUAAAACUUUUAAAUAUUGAAAUAUGUUUUAAAAACAUAAUAAAACAUACUGUUUACAACAA